AAUGCGUUGAGCGCGCCAAAACCGGAUGCAUAUCACAACCACCCGCUCUCCUGCAUAUCACAACCACCCGCUCUCCUGCUUCCCCAGUCCCCUGUUGAGAGAGAGAGAGAGAGAGAGAGAGAGAGGCGGCUAUGGCGAGACACUUCCUGCUCAAUACGGGAGCGAAGAUGCCCUCGGUGGGGCUCGGCACCUGGCAGGCUGAACCCGGCGUCGUCGGCGCCGCCGUCAAGGCCGGUUACCGGCACAUUGAUUGCGCCAGAGAAUACCACAAUGAGAAGGAGAUCGGCUUGGCGCUGAAAAGGCUAUUUGAAGAGGAGGUAGUGAAGCGUGAAGAUCUGUUUAUCACCUCUAAGCUAUGGAAUGACUGUCAUGCUCCUGAAGAUGUGCCAGAGGCACUAAAUGAAAGCCUGAAUGAUUUACAGCUUGAUUACUUGGAUCUUUAUCUUAUCCACUGCCCAUUUAGUGUCAAGAAGGGAACAAACCACAGCCCUGAAAACUAUGUUACACCUGACAUCCCUGCUACUUGGGGGGCAAUGGAAAAGUUACAUGAUGCUGGCAAAGCUCUCGCGAUUGGUGUGAGUAACUUUUCAUCAAAGAAGUUGGGUGACUUGCUUGAUGUAGCUCGUGUACCUCCUGCUGUUAAUCAGGUGGAAUGUCAUCCUUGUUGGCAGCAAACUAAGCUCCACAACUUUUGUCAGUCAACUGGCGUUCAUCUUAGUGCUUACUCACCACUAGGUUCACCUGGUACUUCUUGGAUGAAUGGUAAUGUCCUUGAAGAGCCAAUAAUCAUCUCAAUAGCUGAGAAACUCGGGAAGACACCUGGACAAGUGGCUCUGCUCUGGAACAUUCAGAUGGGCCACGGUGUACUACCAAAGAGUACAAAUCCAGAAAGGAUAAAGCAAAACCUUGAUGUUUAUGAUUGGACAUUUCCAGCUGACAUGCUUGCAAAGUUCUCAGGGAUUAAGCAGGCUAGGCUGCUGAGAGGCGACAUGAUGAUUAAUCCACAGAGCGUUUACAAGACCCACGAGGAGCUCUGGGACGGUGAAAUUUAGGGGUCAUCCUCCUUUUCGAAAAUAACUAAUACAUGUCUGUGAAGGUUUUCCAGCCAUGGCUGCUAAAUUCAGUUAUAUCGAGUGCGGAAACAGGAAUCUCUGUGAACAUUCCAUGUGAUGUAACUGUGAUUAUCACCGUCUCGUGAGCAGUCAGAAGAUGGAUCAUGUAUACUACGGAGAUACAAGAGAGCAUUUGCAGAUUAAUAAUUAAUGAAACCGGGAACGAAAC